AUGUCAAUAUUAGAUAUAUAGAUAGAUAGUACUCGUUAGAACUAAGGAGAAGCAAUUAAAUCUAAAGACUGGGAGCAAGUCAGAAAUAAAAAAUUUUAAGAAGAUGAACUAUUAUGGAAUGAUUCAUAAUUUAUCAUAAACGGCAAAAAAGAAAAUCAAACAAUAUAAUAAAAUAUUUAAAUAUAAUAAAGCUAGGAUAUCUUGUAAAGAUACGAUAGCGAUUUGGGCAACUCAUAGAGAAAACCUAUAAACUUUAAGAAUUAAAAUAGUCGUAAGUUUUAGUACAUUUCAAGAUAGACAAGUAGUAGAAGUAGGACUAUUGAAUUAGAUGCUUCAAACAUAAAUGAAUUAUCUCGCAUAAAUUAGAUAGAGGAAUCAAUCCCUAUAAAGGAUUAGAAGAAUGAAAUUUAAGGUUGUGAACCUCUACAAACAAAUUAAAAAAAUAAUAAUAUUCGAACUAAUAACUUUAAAAAUUAUCCUUCUAAAGCUAUGAUAUGGGUCACAAAGCUAAAACUUAGGCUAAGAAACUUUAAACUAAACUUUAAUAAGGCAUAUGAAUCUAAAUUGUUGAAUAGUGAGAUGCGCUUAAUGAUAAACGACUCCAGUGAUUCAAUUGAAGAAAAAGAAACGUUUUUUGAAACUCUAGAAAAAUGUUGUAGCAAAUUUACUGUAUUCAAUUAUUUAAAAAAAAUUCCUCUUUAUAAUCUAUCAAUCUUUUAAGUAGAUGAUGAUUUCUCAAAAAAAAUUUUCUAAAUAAUCAAUAUUGUGUGGUUGAUUGAAUUAAUUUUCAAUCUUAAUUCUUAAAUUCAACAAGACAUGGAAAUAAUUACUAGUAGAGGUAGAGCUUUCUUAAUUUAUAUUAAAAAGAAGCUUUUAUUUGAUUUAGUUCCUUUGAUACUAAAUUCUCAAUUCGAACAUACUUCUUCAGCUUUGCUGUUUUAAGUCUUUUAGUUCCUUAAAUUGUUUAACAUAAUUCAUGAUUUGAAGUAUGUAGAAUUGCAGCUUUGUAUGAGAGUCAAAAAGCACUACUUAAUUCAGCUUAUCAAUCUUGUUUUCGGUUUAUUUUUUAUUGGUCACAUUAUAUCUUAUCUUUGGUUCCUAAUCGGAUAUGUAGAAAUCAACUAUUUGCAAAAUCAGAAAUCAUGGCUGGCUGAUGAUAUGUAUACUGAUGCAUUCUGGUGGUAAAUUUAUUUUUCUUCUCUUUAUUGGUCUUUAACUUUAAUGUCUACUGGAUCAAAUAUUUGCUCAGCUAAUUUAGAAAUCAUGUUUACAGUAAUAAUUAUGCUUUUCACGAGCAUUUCUUUUGGAUAUAUAGUUACUAUUAUUGGGGAUAUUUUAUCUGAGAUGAACUCUAAUGAUCUAAAAAGAAAGUAAGACAUGAACGUCAUUAACAAUUAUAUGCGUUAAAGCAGUAUAUCAAAGGAAUUGUAGGCAAAUGUUAAUUUGUAUAUGUAGCAAUAUUACCAAAAUAAUUUUUAGGAAGAAAAAUAAAAUAAAUAAUUAGUGGUUAGUAAGUUAUCAAUUGAUUUACAAGAAAGCUUAAAGAGAGAAUAAUACAAAGAAAUUAUUUCAUAAAUUGAUAUUUUGUUUAAUAAAAUAAUAAGCUAUAAAGCUCUUUAAGAUAUCGCUCUCUGUAUUGAAGAAGAAUUUUAUUUACCUAAUCAAAAACUUAAGAUUGAUAACACUGACUAGUCGCUAUUAUUUAUCAUUUAAGGAGAAGUGGAAAUUUAGACUAGUCAAGGAGAGGAAAAUAUAAACAGCAAUUAUAAUAAAAAGAAGCUAGGUGCAGGAAAAAACUUUGGGCUUAUUGAAUUUAUAAGUGGAAUUUCUAAAAAUCAUAGUUUAAAAUCAACUAUGUUUACUCAAAUUGUAAAAAUUAACAGAACAGAUUUCAUAAGAAUUAUUAAAGAUAAUGAUUUAGAUUAUUAAAAAUUUUGUGAAUUAAGGGAUAAAAUAUUAUUUUAUUCAAACUUUUAGGAUUUGAAUAUGAAAUGUAAUUUUUGCCAUUCUUUCUUUCACUAAGAUUUAAAUUGUAAAUUGGUUAACUUUGACAAGAAUAAAAUUUACAUUUCAUAAAGUGUAAAUUAAUAAGAAACCCAGAAAAGAGUUUUUCAUUAGCGAAAUAAAAUAAAAAAUAUAAACCCUUUAUAUAUUUAAUUUGCUAUUAAUCAAAAUGCAUUGACUUUUAUAGAGGAUUUGAAAAAAUUGAAGGAUAUAGAUGUUUUAGAAUAGUUUAAUAUAACGCUAAGUGAUUAAGAUGAAGAUUGUAUUUCUGAUAAUAAUAAUAAUUCAGAUCAUUAAUAAAAACAAUAAUAAAAAUAAUCACAAAAAGAGCUUGAUUCUAAAAAGAAUUCUUAAAAUAAUAUUUCAUAAAAAGGAGGAGAGAAUUGUAUUAGGAAGUAAAGCAUUUUUGUUCUAAAUAAACAAUCAGCUUAGGAUUUAGAUAAUUAACAAAAUUAAUAGGAGUCAAAUUCAGCACACAAGCAAGAAUAAAGUACUGAAAAACUUAAUUUAAACGGUUUCGAAGUUUUUGUAUAAAAUUCAAUAACUCUAUUGAAUGAAAAUCAAAGAAUUACUGUUAAGGAAUUUGAUAAAUGUAUGAAACAAGAGUCUGAAAAUACAAAAAUUUCAGAAGAAAAGUUUGAUAGUAUGAAUACAAUCUCUUAGAAAAGGAAGCAACCACAUUAGACAACUAGCAAAAGCAUUAAAAAUAUAAGUAUUAGAUAAUUAUAAAGAGCAUCAUGUUUCUUUGAAAAUCUAAAUCAUGAUUAAAAUGACAAUUUUAAGUAAGAAAUGUAAAAAUUGAUGGAAAACUUCAAAUUAUUGAAUUAAACAAUAACCAACAAUGGAAACAAUCAAAAAAACUCUUCUUAUUUCUUAACCGAAGAAAGUAAUAUAAAAAAUUUUAAAAACUGUUAAAGUUAAAUGAUGUAUUAUGAUUUUGACAUACUCAAAGAUUAUGCAAAAUAUUUUCCAUUAGGUAAUUCUAAAGAAGUUAUCUUCAGAUUAAAAAAUUAAAUAAAAAAAAAAUUUAAAAGAGCAAAUGUUAGCUUUUUAUUUUAAAAUAAAAUAUGA